AUAAGCGGUUGAUAACGAGCCCGCCAGCCACUCCAAGAAAAUAACGAUAUAGGCUUGGUUAACACCCCAAUUCAGCCACGAAGCAGACCAGUAUUGCUUGAAAGUGAUGUCUCUACAUUUUUUGCUUGCCAUUGUUCUAGUUACUCACUGUGGUGUUGCAACAGGUGAGCUGUUGUGCUAUUCUUGUAUCAGUCAAGGAGGUGGAGACGAUACUUGCGUAACAAACCCGGCUGCCGUAACAGCUAACACUCCAAUUGUAAAAUGCAAAUACAAAUUUUGCACAAUCCGGCGUCUCGAAUAUGCGUCCGAGCCUGGAAUGAUAUAUAGUUUCUUACGUGGCUGCGAGGAUGAGCCGCUUCCAAACGGAGAAAAUCCUGGAGAGGAUAUUACAGUGUGGGCGCAAUCAUGUAACUUUGCCGAUUUGUGCAAUGUUGGAGAUGGGCUUAACGAGAUAACACCGGAUAGCAUUGGUUCGGGCGGAUGGGAUAACUCAAAUAUCUUAAUCGUACCUGCGUCAGCCAGUGCUUUGAAAACUGAAAAAUUUUUCUUUGUUUUUGCGACGUUGCUCGUGGUUUUCUAUAGUCUUCCUUUUUGCAGGCUUUAGAAAUUGUGUAAUUUGGCCUUUCUAUAUCUAUAAAUUAGAAAAUUGUAUUAACGUUUAAGUAAUUUAGUUAAUAAAACUAUAAUUUCGGUCUAACGAUAUUUAACAUAGAAACAAUACAUUUAUUCUUUGCUCUU